GUUUCGUACACGUGUUGUUGUUAAUUUCGUGACUGAUGUACAGACUUUGGGAGAACAUUUAAAUCGGAACGUCGAUGGAAUAUAAAACGUAAAAUAAUGUUAACCAUAAAUUCACGUGUCAGACCAACAUGUAACAUCCUAACAUGAACCCUUUUACCUUUGCAAUAUUCAUCACCAGCCUCUUUUGGCUUAACCUGAGUGACGCUAAAAUAGGGUACUUCUGGCACAUCACAGAUCUUCAUUAUGACCCGUUUCACAACUCCCCAGAGUUCCAUAGAGGCUGCAAACAUCGUGGUAACAAUGACCACAACCACAGAAAUGGACGCCACCGAGACCACACAUGUGACAGCUCAUGGCUCCUCAUACAGAGUGCUGUCUCGUUUAUGGCGGAGAGACAUCCAGACACCCUUGAGUUUGUUCUAUGGACGGGAGACAUCCUAUCGUCGUCUAUGGAGCACCUCAGUGACGAAAUCAGAAUGGAAGCUGUGAGGAACGUAACUGAUCUGCUAAGUCGGACAUUUAGCAGUCAGUUUGUGUUCCCAGCUCUGGGUCAUAACGACCCUCCACCUUCCAGAAGACUUAUUGACAUGUGGAUGCAAUGGCUGCCUUCUGAUGCGCUGACCACAUUUGAAACAGGCGGUUAUUACACGAUUGAACAAUCAUAUAGCAAGCUACGUAUUGUAGUACUAAAUAGUGUGCUGUGGGCCGGCGGAGCAGCCACCACUGAUGGUCCCCAUAGGGGAAGAGCUCAGUGGGAGUGGUUAGAACGCGUUUUAAGCAAGGCUAGAAGGAAAAACGAAAUGGUAUAUCUGGUCGCUCACGCUGGCCCAGGUGUUGAAGAGAGACACAACGCUGGAAGUUCUUCAGCGGCUGGAGGUGGAGAACUCACUCCAACAGCUAAUUCAAAUUUAGUACGCAUUAUCAAAGCUUUCAGUGACGUCAUCGCUGGGCAGUUUUAUGGCCACCGCCAUUCUGACACCUUUAGGCUUAUGUAUAAUGAAGGUCGUCCAGUGUCAUGGGCGUUAUUAGCACCCUCAGUAACGCCGAGGGGCGCUGGGAGUACGUCUAAUCCAGGCUUAAGGCUUUACAAAUUUGAUACAAAUAAUGGAAAAGUGUUGGAUUAUACCCAGUUCUACUUAGACGUAACUAACAAAAGAGGGGAAUUGCAUUGGGCUGUCGAAUAUAACUUGACACAGUAUUAUAAUCUCCGGGAAAUCACUGCAGUGUCAUUGGAUGCUUUAUCGAAGAAGAUAAGAAAUUAUAACGACCGAACGUACUUACACAAGUACUUAAUGGCUCUCCACGUACGUCAUGCACCAGAUAUAUCAAACUGCGAUACAGCCUGUGUCCACGUUCACUAUUGCGCCAUAACUCAUGCCGAAUUCCUUGAUUUUCGCGCUUGUGUACGGAACCCAGCGUCCGCCCUUGCGUCGCGUGCGCCGCAUCUUUCAUGUGCUAUAUUGCUUUAUGCAAUAGUCUUGCUGAUUAGUUCGAGAAGGUACUAGAAUAUAUGGAGCGAAUAUAUAUUAAAAGUGUUAUUUUUAUGAUUUUUUGAAGAAAUUUU